AUGAUGAGUACCAAGCGCGCCGAAGUCCUCCUAGGAAGUGGAAAUUAUUUCCAUUGGGAGUUCAAUAUGAGGAUGUCGCUCGCCAGAAAAGGACUGCUGGCGCACGUGGAGGUGGUCAAGGCGGAGAGUGAGAUAACGGAAGCUUGGUUAGUAAAUGACGCAACGGCUCUCGGCAUCAUCGCGCAGGGUGUGGAACUACAACACCAGACAAAGAUCCGUUCGUCGACGCGUGCUAUUCAAGCGUGGGUAACACUUAGGGAGUUCUACAAUCGCACUACACUAUACAAUCGGGUCACGAUGACACAGCGCCUCCACGAAUUCAAGAUGGAUGCUGGAACGGCCAUGGCAAAGCAUUUGGACGCUUUCGACGAGCUCGUUGUCGGUCUUCAGACGCUUGGAGAGCCUGUCGACGAGGCACGGCAGCUGGUAGUGCUACUGACCAGCCUUCCAGCCGAAUACGAGCUGAUAUCGUCGAUCAUCGAGAACGUCAAGGAUAUCACGCUCAUCGAGGUGAAAGAGAAGCUGCUGAAGGAGUGUGAACGGUUGGAGAAGAAAGACACGACUUCGGAACGAGCAUUUAAGGUCAACGCUGGACGUUUCAAGGGCAACAAGAGGAGUGGUCGCAAGUGGAGCGAUCAGAAGAAGAACUCUAGUGGUUUCCAAGGCAAGUGUUUCAAGUGCAACAAAGUUGGGCAAAUGAAGCGGGACUGUCAAGAGGGAACAACAGACGGCGAUGCGGUAUUUGCUGUAAGCACAGAACGUGUAAACGGAUGGUUGAUCGACAGCGGUGCGACCGCACACAUGACCCCGCACCGUUCUGAUCUGUUCGAGUAUGAGAACGUGAAUAGUGGCAUCGAAGUAACAAUCGCUGACGGAAAGAAGCUGUAG